AUGGGAGUAGAACUACUCAUGGAAGAUUUACUGAAAGUAGAAGUACUCGGAAUCGUAGUGCUUCCGGAAGUUACAGGAGUACUAGAGAUGAGUGUGGAACUACUCAUGGACGAUUUACUGAAAGUAGAAGUACUCGGAAUCGUAGUGCUUCCGGAAGUUACAGGAGUACUAGAGAUGGGUGUGGAACUCUUCAUGGAGGACUUACUGAAAGCAGAAGUACUCGGAAUCGUAGUGCUUCCGGAGGUUACAGGAGUACUAGAGAUGGGAGUAGGACUACUCGUGGAGGAUUUACUAAAAGUAGAAGUACUCGGAAUCGUGGUGCUUCCGGAGGUUACAGGAGUACUCGAGAUGGGAGUAGAACUACUCAUGGAGGAUUUACUGAAAGUAGAAGUACUCGGAAUCGUGGGGCUUCCGGAGGUUACAGGAGUACUAGAAAUGGGAGUAAAACUACUCAUGGAGGAUUUACUGAAAGUAGAAGUACUCGGAAUCGUGGGGCUUCCGGAGGUUACAGGAGUACUAGAAAUGGGAGUAAAACUACUCAUGGAGGAUUUACUGAAAGUAGAAGUACUCGGAAUCGUGGGGCUUCCGGAGGUUACAGGAGUACUAGAGAUGGGAGUAGAACUACUCAUGGAGGAUUUACUGAAAGUAGAAGUACUCGGAAUUAUCGUUGUACUGCUACUGAUUGGCACAGAACUGGACAUAGGAGAAGAACUGCUGGAUUGA